UUCUGAUGAAAUCUUUUGGUCGUCGAGCCGCAACGAGGCCGCUGGCUGCCGCGCUCAACUUUGUGCCCUCAAAGUCGCUCUUCACAGCACUGCGACGGCUUUUGGACGACUAGGCGACGCCGAAAGUUCUGUUGUUGUUUUUGGUUGGUUGGUUGGUUUGUUUGUUCGUUCCGGGGACGGCCCUCGGCCGGCUGCUAAGCUAGCCGGCUAACUCCCGAGGGGCUCUCGGUCCGGUCGCUCGCCCGCCGAAGACGAGCAGCAUGACGCGGAUGUCGCCGUCCGGCGUCCCCGUUGUUGCGGCCCGUUCGUCCCCCGGCGUGCCGUCUGUCGAAACGAAGCCGAAACAGCAGCCCGACCUCGGCCGGGUCGCCGUCCGCUGCCGGCUCGCCCUCCGGGCGGAAUGAGCGCGUGUCUCCGUGCUGGACAUUUGACACUCGCGGAAACUUUUAGUGCCAAUUGGAGCCCGAGCGCGGACUCGAGCAGCUCCGACUUGCAGCUGAAAUCGGCCAGUCUUCAGUGUUGUUGGCCAUUUUGGGAAAACAUGUUUCAAAAUGUGAGUAGCGAGGGCCGGCUCCCGGCGGGCGCCCGGAGCUUGGCCUCCUCCGCGGCCGUCCUGAGCGCGUCCCCUGCCGGCCUCGUCGCUCAGGAAAGCUCGUGGCUCGGCCUGCUCUCCGUGCUGUCCAGGCCCGCCCUCUCCUUCCUCUCCAGAUAUCUUCCGGGCCUCGGCGGAACGUCCGACCGGCGGCCCGGCGGGGGGGAAGCGCCGGCCCGGGACCAGGGUGGUGAUCUUCUGCGCCGGCUGGACGCCGCCGAGUCCACGUUGGCCUGGCGGCUCGGCGAUCGCCGUCUGACCCAGUCGGCCUUCGACGUCCCCCCGCCGGAGCCCGGCCAGAACCCGGAGGCGUCUCCUUCCGGAUCCGUCGUCGCUCGGGACACGCGGUGGGGAGACCCGCCGUCGGCAGGUCCGUCAGGCGCCGCCGUCCCCGGUUCUGCUGACUCGGGAUGGGCGCGCGUGCUACUUUGUUCCCCGCAAAGGUCAAAGUUGACAAUAGAGCGGCAGAGCAGUGUUUUGUUCCCCGGCGACCCCACGGGAGAAAGCGCCGGAGCGAACCUCGACGGAGGCCCGCGCGGCGUCCGGAACCUCCGGGCCGGCUCCCGCCCGCCGCUGACGCCCGACCAGGACAACGGCUACUACAGCCUGGAGGAGGAGCACGGCCUCAAAGGUCACAAGGGUCACGUCGGGGCGCUCUGCGACACGCACGAAAAGCCUCGGGACCGUGCGAUACGGGACGGACUCUCUGAAAAGAUGGCGGACGGUCGCGCGACAGAGGAUGCGGUCCCUGACGAGACGGCGGCUGACGUGACGCGCGAGGAGAUGACGCAAGCUCACGCGACGCCCGCGGAGCCGGAGACGACGGGCCACGUGACGCCCGACGAGACGGCGGCGGCCCACGCGACCCGGGACAGACCCCCCGACGCGACGGUGCCGCCGCAGUGCCGUAACGUCAGCAUCGCCUUCAUCAUGGGCUGCCCGUGCAGCGACGACGACGACGACGACAACAGCCAAUCGGACGCCGACUCCGUCCGCGAGGACGACGGCUUCGACAGUUCGGCCUUGUCGGACCUCUCGUCCGAUUUGUCGUCGUCUGACGACGCAGACGAAGAGACGGCGCGUCUGUUGGCGUCGCUGAGUCGCCGCAACGACCCCUACAACCCUCAAAACUUCAGCGCCCGCCUACGCACGGGCCACGCGCCGCCCGCCCUCAGCCCCCCUGCCUCGUCCCCGCCCCCCUCGGGUCGGGACGCGAGGGCCGACUCCGACUCCGGCGGAGAGGCGGACGAGGUCGAAAGCCUCCUGGCGCUGGCGUCGUUGACCCCGCGCGACCGCUACAGUUUGCUCAACUUCCGGGCACCGCUCUCCACCGGAAAAGCGCCCCCGCGGUUGCCCGCCCGCCACGGACUGCACGGCGGCUUCUCGCAACCUUUGGCCUGUGCCAAAAAGGUCCGUUUCAGCGACGUGGUGGAGGAGUUUGUGAUCGCGCGGAGCGACGACGGCGGCGAGGCGGAGGACCGCCGGGGGCCGUGGGAGGAGCUGGCCCGCGACCGCGGCCGCUUCCUGCGGCGCUGCCGGGAGGCGGAGCUCAGCCUGGCGUACUGCCUGCAGCCCGAACAUCGGCGCCGGGCGUACCGACGCGUCCGCGCCGACGAGGCUCCGUCCCCUCCUCGAAAGGAACUCUGACGUUUGACGCCAAACUAAACGGCGUGAGGGUCCCGCACGAUCUUUGUUCCGAUUGAUUGAUUGAUCACGUGGCCGCCGGUCACGUGACACGUGCUCAAAAGUAUUCAGACGCCGUACGGACACGUUGUGUCGCACGUGCCAUCGGACGCUAAUAAAGGAGGCGAACCCUAACCCGGCCGAACGGCGUCGAGACGUUUGAUUGGCUGCCAGACGGGAAGUCAAGAAGGACUCGCGACGAGUGCGGGCUGGCUGUAUUUUCAACACAAAAUGCUUUUAUUUUUGUAGGGCAUGCGAUGACUUCCUGUUGUUUGCUCACGUGAUCAAUAAAUCAGUCAACUGGU